UCAAUGUGGUCGUGUGUCGCUCGCGCUCCCAGCCGAUCCACCUGUGACUCGUGUCCGCGAGAAGCGGCUCCUCGAACUGCUUGGUUAUUUAAGAAAUUUGGACAUUUCCGUUAUAAGCCAAAAAAAUUACGAAUGCAACGCGCUAAAUAUCACCGAAAAAAGUCUUGGUGGUUUCCAAAAUUGGAUCAUUCAUAGAAAUAAAGAAGGAAUACACGAGCUGACCUAAAUAUUUAUUAUACAAGGCAAGAAAUAGAAAAUAACAUCUGUUUAUAAGCAGAACAAAAAAAUUAUUGGAGGCAACGCGCCAUUCAUCACAGGGAAAUACGCGGUAAUUUAUUACUUAAUGCCAAUAAUUAAGUAUUGCGUUAGAACACAUGUGCGUCAUUCGUAUAAAUACCUGAAAUUCUUUCGAAAAAUUCUCAAUGCCAAUUGAUUCUUGUGAGGUUACAAGAAAAAGAUUAAAAUAAUUGGUCUUAACACGACAAAAUUUGUCCAUGGAGCGAGUACAGCUGGAACGUUCAACUUGAUGCCAUCCAUACUUCCAUGAACAAAGUUAUCGUUUAAGGUUGAAAUGCCCACAUCCAUCAUGGUAACUGCCACCGAAGCUCCCGGAGUAUUCCAGUUUUUGAUAUUAUCGAAUCUUUUGCCAGCGUUGGUGGAAGCGACCUUAUCCUUUCAAACUUCCCUGCCCAUCAUGGAGGUUCCUUCCAGAGCUUACGAUCAAAUGCUCUUCCGAAAAGCCUUCAAUUAUCCUCCAGUUCCAUCCGAUACAAAUAACCUCAUGCCCAACAUGUCCGAUCCUCCAAUACACAUACCAGAGACAAAUUCCGAGAUUAAAACUAGUACAGGAUCAAAUCCUAGAGAUCCUCACCGAUUUCAAAUUCCGGUCGAAAUAGACGACAGAAAUCGGUAUGGAAUUUCUCCCAAUGCGAAUGGAGGCCAUCGGUUCAUAGGAAUUCAAUCUCAGGUAGAACAUCCAAAUCUAGUUGAAUUUACCUCUAAAACAGAUUCAAUGAAUCGUUUUGGAAUCUCCGUGACGAAUAUGUCUCAGUCAAGUGAGAAAAAAAUAGACAUACUUGUAAAUAUUAACAACCCAAGUCAGAGCAAGAGGACUCUUCCUCCGAGUUUAGUAGGGUUCGUUGAAAGUAAAGUAGACGAGAACUACGACCCUCACCGCUACCACAAGGACAGGGGGUUUCCGCCACAACCAAGUCUCGGCGUCAACAAUGAAACGGCAGAGACAUUUUUAGGCGAGACGGCAGCCAUCGACUGUACUUUGCAUAAUCCCGGAGAGUACUCGGUGUCUUGGAUGCGUCAAGUGGGCGAUGUGUUGGAGCUGAUCACAUACGGCGACCAAACAUAUGCCAACGAUGACAGACGUAUAAAAAUAAAGUCAGAAUUUAAGGAACUGGACUCAUCCAAUACUUUCAAAAAACGCAUAGAAGUGAAAUGA